UGUGCUGGGUGCUAUCGGCUCGGUCUGCUGCGUUAAGGUUCCCUGGUUGUGUCUGGGCGAAGGUCUGGUAGUUCAGACAACAGCCAUGUACUGUCUGCAAUGGCUGAUCCCGGUGCUGCUCAUUCCGAAGCCCCUGAACCCGGCCAUGCUGCACAACCACAUCAUGUUCGUCGUGCUCUACCUGAUUGGCUUCUUCCUAGAGAAGAAGCCAUGCACCAUCUGCAGUCUGGUCUUCUUUGCCGCCGUCCUGCUCAUCUGCUAUUCCGGCAUCGGCAACUGCAUUUUCUGGAGCAGCAACUGUGACUCGGUGUCAUGCGACAACGGCUAACGCGCCGGCCGCCCCGCCCCGCCAACGCAGCCAAAGGCGUUGACGGGCAUGGCGCCCUCAGACUCCGACAGUUGUGAUACUCUGUGUGCUGUGUGACGGGUGGGUCUGCGCGCCGCCCAGCGUGUGUCGCCCGGGUGGGCGCGUGCGCACGCGGGCCUCGGUCGCCGCGCGGCGUUCAGGAGGCGGGGAGAGCGCUUCUCGGGCUGGUAGAACGGGUGAGGUGGGUCAGCUCGAGCGGGAUGCCAGCCGUUGUGCCGCUCGGACGGCGGGAUGUAGCUGACCAGGCACGUUGACGUGGUGUCGUGGCUCUGAUAGUGCGUCUCGUCGGUGGCAGCGAGCGGGUCGAGCCCGCCGUGCGCUCGGCGCGCGCCGACCUUCUUGGCCGGCCGACGGCAACCCGUGCCAGUCCCAGUAGCGCUCCGCGCUGCGCUGUCGGCCAGCUGGUGGCCGCCGCCACAGGCGCUGCUUCCGGUCUGAAGGGCGCCAGCCGGGCCCAGAUCCGGGCCGGUCUCUGCCGGUGUGUCGGGCGGAGCGGUGACGACCGUCGGCCGGGAGUCGGGCACCCCGCUCACGGAGGUGCUGCCGGGGCGCCGCGCCGUCUGACUCCGUC